CCACUCCUGAGAGAGAAACUCCAUCUAACACUCCGUUUCUUCCCUCUUCCUUUCCAUUCUUUUGCCUCAUCUCUCUCUUCCUCUCUUUCCUUCUACCCAAAGAACAAAAUAAAUUUCCAAACCCAGAUCUCAAAAUAAGCAAUAAAGUUGACUUCUUUUAGUAUCAAAGAAAAAUGGAUUCCAAAUGGUGGGUUUUGGCAAUGACGUUGGUAUUGGCAAUGGCGAUUGAGUGUAUUGCGGAUGGAGAUUCAUCGGUACCGAUACUGACCAAGACUGUGAAGGGGAAGAAGGUUUGUUCUCAGGGUUGGGAGUGCCAAGGAUGGUCAAAAUACUGUUGCAAUCAGACAAUCUCUAACUUCUUCCAGACAUACCAGUUUGAGAAUCUCUUCUCCAAGAGGAACGCGCCUGUGGCACACGCCGUGGGAUUCUGGGAUUACAAGUCUUUCAUCACCGCCGCCGCCGUGUACCAGCCCCUUGGCUUUGGCACCACCGGCGGUAAGCAAAUGGGGAUGUUGGAGGUUGCCGCCUUCCUCGGCCAUGUCGGUAGCAAAACUUCUUGUGGUUAUGGAGUGGCCACCGGAGGACCGAUGGCGUGGGGUCUUUGCUAUAACAAAGAACUUAGUCCUAGCCAAUCAUACUGUGACGACUUCUACAAAUUCACCUAUCCUUGCACUCCUGGUGCUGAAUACUAUGGUCGUGGUGCUAUUCCUAUUUACUGGAACAACAACUAUGGAGCUACUGGGGAAGCCCUAAAUGUUGAUCUGUUGAACCAUCCUGAAUACAUUGAGCAGAAUGCAACCCUUGCUUUCCAGGCUGCAAUAUGGAGGUGGAUGACAGCAAUCAAGAAGGCACAGCCUUCCGCCCAUGAUAUUUUUGUUGGAAACUGGAAGCCCUCCAAGAACGAUACCAUGGAGAAGCGGAUUCCUGGUUUCGGCACCACCAUGAAUGUCCUUUACGGAGAUAGUGUUUGUGGCCAAGGUGACAUUGAUUCCAUGAACGACAUCAUCUCUCAUUACCUUUAUUACCUCGACUUGAUGGGAGUUGGCCGAGAGGAGGCAGGCCCACAUGACGUACUGUCUUGUGGAGAGCAGAAAGCUUUCAACCCGACCACUACCACCACUGCUGCUUCUUCUUGAGGUAUGCAAAUCCAUUGUUGUGGCCGUCCAUUGGUUGAUGAUACUCUUCAAAGAAGAACCAUAAAUAAGAAGGGCAACUAAAGAUAUUCUAUUGCUUUGAGUGAUUAGUCAACUUUGAUUGUGUGAAGCCCAAUUUAGUGUUGAGAUUUAUAAAAUUCUGGAUUGAUUUUGUGCAGCCCUGUCCUGUGGUGUUUGUUGUUUUGUAGAUGUUGGUAUUCAUUUUGUUCUUAUAUUAUGUGUAUUAUAUAGUUAUGAGAUCCCAAAUGUUGUAUCAGGUAUGAACCUUUCUAUGCA